AUGUUUUAUGAUAAAAAUCUAAUGAACGAUAAAAUAUUAGGGAUUGUUUGGAAACUCGCAAACAACAUAUCAACUGAAAAUAUUGGAAAUCAGAAUUUGACAACAAUUUGUACCGAGCUUGACUCUUGGGUGAACAUUGCAGUUCUACCUCACAGAAGACUAUCUUUGAGAACCUCCUCUACCCUCGUCAAUGGAACCGCCAUGCUGUAUCAACGCAACAUGCACCAGCUGCUUGAUGAUGUGAUAAAACUGGACGAAGACAUAGUACAGAGACGCCGAAGAAAAUAUUUUAGUAGCUCUAGUCCUUCAGCUAAUGAAUCGUCAACAUCUACUGCAACUCCAGAAGAAAUGAGACGACAACCCGUGGCUGAUUUCGAUUUUGAUUCGUCCUUCUCCCCUACUAAGAGAGCUAAGCUCGAUCAAAUCUCACCACAUAAAAACACCCCAAGUCUUACUGUAAGUCGAUCAUCUUCUGACAAUUUCACUAUAGACGAAACGACAAAUAAUUCUAAUGAACAAAAUAGCAAAGACAAAGAGUGUAAUAAUAAUGAAAAUUGUGAUUCUGAAAACGACAUUGUUGUAGCGGAUUUGACUGGAGAAAAUGUUGGGGAUAACUCCACUAUAAACGAAAUCAUCGAAAAUCAACGUAUCGACAAAGAAGUACAAACUUCACCUACACAUAAACAUGCAGAUUCUUCGCUUUGGAAACACGUGAGCAAGCCACAUAGAGCUGACCGUGAGAAAAACAUGGCGAGCCCAAAUGUAGGCCUGCUACCUUUAAGGUUUGACCCUGCGAUUUGUUGA